AUGGCGGUUCGGCGCUCUGCGCGCCUGCGAAGCACUAGUGCUCAACCAUCUCCCGCCCCCGAUGUGCGUACCCAGGCAACGCCCGUGCUUAAUCCCCUCUCACGACGUCACUGUAUGUAUGUUCAAGAGUCGAUUAGCCAACCGGCUAUUUCUGCUAAGCUGUCCUCCGUUGAGGAACGCGAUGAGACCACUGCUCAUGAUGCUCACACACCCGUCUCCAAGAAGUCUGUUCAGAAAACCCCAAAGACAACAAAACAUCAGAAAAUCACCGAAACACGAACUCCAACUAGCGCGUCUGCUCCUCGUCCGCCUCGGCAAGAAAUGCAUCCCAGCAAGGCGCGUCAAAGCACUACCAAGCAACCUGACUCGGGCUUGCUUCUCGGCUUUAACCCCGUCAAGAAAGAUGCUGAUGGCAAAAUUGUGAAAGAAACAAUUAUUGAUACUACCCCUUCCAAGUCUAGAGCAUCGCCCGGGCUCACCCAAUACGGCACUCCUGGCUACGAGAUCAAGUUUGGCCAAGAUGCUCAGCUUAGUGAAGAAGCCAGGCUCCUGAUGGCCAGUGUGCGAGAAGAUGUAUCGAGAAUUAAAGCUCAGAUGAUCUCAGAUAAGGCACAGAAAGAUGAGCAAGAGCAUGCGGCUGAGAGUGCUUACGGAACCCGAAAGAUCGCAAAGCCCAGAGGCAAGGCCGGACGAUUUAGUGAUGUGCAUAUGGCCGAAUUCAAGAAAAUGGAUUCGAUUGCCGGACAUCCCUCGUCCUUCCGGGCUACUCCAGGUCGCCUCCUGCCCACGGAAAAGUCCUUGAAGCGGACGAAAUCGAAGGCCCAGCUCGACGAGCCGGACGAGAAAUCUUCGUCUUCACAUUCUCCAGCACAGCCCGGGGCAACUUCCACCCCUACUGCCUCGGGUAAACGAGUCAAGCACAAUCUCACAGAUGACACCUCGACCAACCGCACCAGUAUCAAGAAGGAAGAAAUUGACAUUAAGAAAACUAUUGGCAAGCCUGCGGGUCCGCGCGCUCCUCCUGCUGUUCCACGCGCUCGCGCAAUUCGCAGCUCCCUUAUGACUCCUACUCGGGCAUCAAUGUCGCGUUCCACGGCUAGCGUGAGGGCACCGAAGACAUCACUGAUUCCUUCAAAGGUGCGAUCUCCAGCCGUUAACGUUGCAGCACCCCCACGCACCCCGCGUACCGAUUUCAACCCUCGCUUCAAGAGCAGCUUGCCUACUUUUAAUGCCCUGCGGUCCAUUCUCCGCAAACGCCAGCCCUUGUUCUCUCGUGAUCCAUCCAAAAUCGCAGCUGGCACACAUUUGGCAGCUCCUGAUUUCAACCCUGACUCGAUCUUCUCGGCUAAGCCGGAAACCGAAUCUGCCCCUACGCCGUCCCCGAAGAAGCAUGUUGAAUUCACACCUAGUGUCAAGUCUCGAUAUACUCUGGCCCAGGAAGCCCAGGAAUCCCCCUCUCAAUCUAAGAUUCCCACAACUCCAUCCCGCUCCAACACCUCCAACAUCUCCUAUCCCACUCUACCUACUCUUACACCCGAAAAAAAUGCCGCUGUCGAGGCCUCACCUUCUAUUCGCCACGUUCGGCGUUCGGAUGCCAGCAGUCCAGCCUCUUCUCACUCUGAGCUUCCAGUUGUGACCCAUGGCAUUGCUCAUGGAAUCCUCAACAAAAAGCGCCACAGAGACCAGGUCGAUGACUACGACGUUCAUACAACUGAGAAUGCCGAGAAUAAGUCACCCGCUGUGGGACGUACUCCUAAGAGACUGAAGAAAUGCCCGCCUACUCCCAGCCCAGUUAAGACUCAACCUAUCAAGACCCCUGUCCGCUCCAUGCCAGGUCGAGUUGCUACUCCGGCGAGUCAGAAGCCCCGUGGCAUGCUCAGAAUGAGUCGGUUGAAUAUGCUUUCCAAGCCGAAGGCGCGAAACUGA